AGAUAGCGAGGAGCUGUAAAAACCUACACGCAGACGAAGGGGAUUAGUUUUUUUAAAACGGUUUUACACAUUUUGUCAUAACACUGCUUUGGAUAUUCCCGGAACCACCAAAGGUUUAAAGGACAAUUGUUUUUUGGCAUAUUCCUCUUUUUUAUUAUUAUUGUUUGUUGUUGUGCCUACACACACACAUCCGAAGAGAAACACUUCUGUAAAUCACACCACUAUGUUGAACAAUAUGGAUUUGAAUUCUAAAGAUUCCUUCUACACGCAGUUUGAGAAAUGCAACAGUUCUUCCAUAAGCGCGGAGAAAGACGCGCGGAAAGACAGCCAGAAGGUGUUCGGAGAGGCAGAGAGAGGGACACCUGCCCACUUUCGCCAUGAGGGAGUCCCCAUCACCCUCAAAACCGAACCCUCCAACUCGGAAUUUGCCUUCAACCCCUGCGAGGGGCCCAAAGACACCUACAGCAGCCCGUCCUCCCUCACAUACUCCGGCAGCUUCUACGUGGAGGGCUGCCACACGGCGCCGUGCAACACGGAGACCCUGCUCAACAUGAUCACGGAGAUCGUGGGCAUAUCCACGUUACCCAUGUCCGAGGUGCAACAGGGAGACGGGGGGCGGGGGGGCACCUACCCGUCUCCCUCGCCGAUGGACACCAGCCAGGGAAAUUUCGAGGAAUCCGGACUCAAGAGGCAGACCUACAACUGUAACAGCGCUCCGACGCCCCCUCUGUACCCCGUGGACCAAACGUGCCCACCACCACCGCCGCCACCGCCACCACCAGCCCCCGUUUAUGCGGCCGGCGACCAGCCCGCCGGCCAGAGCCAAGCCUCGGCCACCUCCCAGCUCGGCUUCGGUGCCUCCGAGGUCCCGAACCUGAAGGACGCGCUGGAGCCAAAGUCCGAGGCCGCGUCCUUCCCCGUGGUGGUGAAGAACGAGUUCGAGAGCAGCUGCUACGAGUGGGGCUCAUUCAAGCAGGACUACUUAGAAACGAGCUUCCAGACCGAGAUCUUCCCGAUGUCCAGCGAUUUCCCGCCUGAACAGCAUAUGGAUGUAAAGGAACUCUUGGACACACUUCCACCCAUUUACCCUAACCCGGAGAUGGAGUUUAAAGUUGAAGGGGGCACCAUCAAGCAGGAGCCCUGCUUCUCCGACACAUGCUCGCACAGCUACCCCAACUCUUUGUACACGUACACGGGCCCCAGCAUGGGCCCCUCCUCGAACCUGAAGCCAUCCCCUUUCCCGGGUGACCUGCAAUCACCUUUGACCCAGUGCGACACUUUGUACACCUCGCCCGCCUUGCCGAGCACCAUAGACUCCAUCCUCUACUCUUCUCUACUGCCCGACUCCUUUGCACAGAGUUACAGCCGUCCGACGAAGCCCCCGCGGGCCCGGAAGAGUCCCGCCGCCGCGUCCAACGGCCCAGCCAAGGAGAAGCCGUUCACUUGCCCCAUGGAGAACUGCGACCGGCGCUUCUCCCGCUCCGACGAGCUCAACCGACACAUCCGCAUCCACACGGGCCACAAGCCCUUCCAGUGCCGCAUCUGUUUGCGCAGCUUCAGCCGCAGCGACCACUUGACCACCCACACCAGGACUCAUACGGGCGAGAAGCCCUUCUCGUGCGACGUUUGCGGCAAGCGCUUCGCGCGCAGCGACGAGCGGAAGCGCCACGGACGCGUGCACCUGAAGCAGAAGGAGAAGAUGGAGCUAAAGCCACCUGUAACCAGCAGCACGUGGCCUUUCACCAUCCCCGAGGGGAUCUGAACACAACGCCACAGCGUCACUGGAAGAUAAACUGGGUCUGACAAACACACACCCACACACACAUACACACACACACGCGCGCACCCACCCACACGCACGCGCGCGCGCACACACACACACACACACACACACACACACACACACACACACACACACACACGCGCAAGGUUGAUAUCAUUCCGUCUUGGAUGAUACGCCGGCGGCUUUACUGCAGGUUGAUGUGCGAGUGUUUGAGAUGUGACUUCCUCUUGUUCAGUCCAGUUGCCAUGGCUGACAAGUUAUGAAAAAAGAGAGGUUGGAGUGGACUAAGUGUGGAGGGGGGGCGGGGGCGG